AAAGAGAGAGAGUUGGAGAGAAAAGGGGAAAAAAGAAGCGGCACUCGGCUUUGCCAGCGGUCGUAUGCGCUCGUCCAACAUUGAUUCGGCUCUCUCCUUCUUCUUUUUUUUCCUCUUCUUCUCCCUAUUCUGUGCUCUGCUCUCCCUGGCCCCCCCAUCUGUGCGUGUGCGCGUGUGUGUGUGUGUGUGUGUGUGUGUGUGGGGGGUGUGUGUUUGUGUGUGUCUUGCGCCGGGCCCAGGGAUCAGAACAGACACCACUACCAAUUACACUUUGCCAAGGACUUUUUUUUUUUUGUAGAAUUUUGGAAAGCACAAAGGACUGUUUAUUUUAAGUCCUCGUUGUUAAAGUUUCCUUUUUUUUGUUUUUUUUCCCCAGAGUGCAAUACUGUUAACAUUUCUAUUUUUACCUGACAAUUCUUUUCAAAAAGUAGUUAUCGGUCCUUUUUGUCCUUUUUGUCUUUUUUAUUUUUGCUUUUGUCUAAUGAGCUACUGCUCGUGUUCCUAUUGCAGACAAUUUUUGACUUCCUGAAAUCCUGGUGUUUUUUGUUUUUUUUCUUUAAAAUUUUGGCCCACUGUCUUUUAGUGAGCAUCAUAGUCUGCUCAUUAUUAUUUUUUUUAACAACCCCGCAAGUUUUGUGGGUUUUUUUGUUUUUGUUUUUUUUUCAUCUGCUAAUUCUCCGUACCCUGCCAAACCAGUACUCGCUUUACAUUGGGGAGCGCGGGAGGCAAACAAAAAAAAACAAAACUGGUGCUGGAGACUUUUUUUUUUUUUUUUCACUUUAAACGCUGUGCCAAAUUUAUGAUGAGAGUGCAAAAUGGAUGAAUUUCAUCCCUUCAUCGAGGCCCUCCUCCCCCAUGUCCGUGCCUUCUCGUACACCUGGUUCAACCUGCAGGCCCGCAAGCGCAAGUACUUCAAGAAGCACGAAAAGAGGAUGACCAAGGACGAGGAGCGCGCGGUGAAGGACGAGCUGCUCGGGGAGAAGCCCGAGAUCAAGCAGAAGUGGGCCUCGCGCCUGCUGGCCAAGCUCCGCAAGGACAUCCGGCCCGAGUUCCGCGAGGACUUUGUGCUCACCAUCACGGGGAAGAAGCCCCCCUGCUGCGUGCUGUCCAACCCCGACCAGAAGGGUAAGAUCCGCCGCAUCGACUGCCUCCGCCAGGCCGACAAGGUGUGGCGGCUGGACCUGGUGAUGGUCAUCCUGUUCAAGGGCAGCCCCCUGGAGAGCACGGACGGGGAGCGGCUGGUCAAGUCGCCCCAGUGCUCCAACCACGGCCUGUGCGUCCAGCCGCACCACAUUGGAGUGACGGUCAAGGAGCUGGACCUCUACCUGGCUUACUUCGUCCACACACCAGAACAAUCAGGACAAUCAGACAACUCGAACCAGCAGGGAGACACAGACGUCAAGCCCCCACCGAAUGGCCACUUGAGUUUCCAGGACUGCUUUGUGACUUCAGGGGUGUGGAACGUUGCCGAGCUGGUCCGCGUGUCGCAGACCCCCGUGGCUACAGCGACCGGCCCCAACUUCUCCCUGGCCGACCUGGACAGCCCCGGAUACUACAACAUCAACCAGGUGACCCUGGGACGCCGCUCCAUCACCUCCACCCCCUCCACCAGGACUGAAAUGGAGCUUUAUGCAAGUCUCCCACGGAGCUCCAACAAGCGCAAGUCCAUUGACGACAGUGAGAUGGAGAGCCCAGUGGACGAUGUCUUCUACUCGGGCCGCUCCCCGGCGGCUGGCAGCAGCUCUCAGUCCAGCGGUUGGCCUAAUGAUGUGGAUGCAGUGCAGCACCAUUUGGCCAGUGUGCAGGAGAGGAAGAUUAAGCAUGAGAACGAUGGAGUGCAGUUUCCUUACCAUGGACUGUCAUCGCCUGGUUCUCUUAAGAAGCCGGGGAAAUUCGAUUUCAGCGCCCUGUCCUCCCAGACGAGGUCCCCCCGCAUGGCGUUCACCCACCACCCACUGCCAAUGCUGGCGGGAGUGAGACCAGGGAGUCCCCGUGCCUCAGCCUCGGCCCUGCACUUCCCGUCUCCCUCCAUCAUCCAGCAGUCUAGCCCCUACUUCACCCACCCAACCAUCCGCUACCACCACCACCCUGGACAGGACCCCCUGAAGGAAUUCGUUCAGUUUGUCUGUGCUGAUGGCUCGGGGCAGGCCGCUGGACAGCCAAACGGGAGCGGCCAGAGCAAAAUGCCAGGCUCCUUCUUGCUGCCUCCACCUCCCCCAGUGGCCCGCCCAGUGCCCCUCCCUAUGUCCGACUCUAAACCCAACAGCACGCCCCCUGACGGCGGACUCUCCUCGCCCGCAUCUCCGUCAUACUCCACGCCAGGCGCCGCAGCUCCCAACAGGUUUGUCGGCAUCGGAUCACGGGACAACAACUUUCUGAACAUCCCGCAGCAGACACAGUCUUGGUUCCUCUGACAAGAUCUGUGCGCAAGCCAGCAAGUAUAAUUCUUUCCUUUACAAUCGGAAAUAGCAAACAGAGAAACCACCCGCAGGAUGAUAUAUAUGAAUUGUCCUCCAACCAACCCACCGACCGGCCCUGACAGUAUGUCCCACCUGAUACAAAACGUAACCAAGCGACACAGGAAGAUGCAGCAGCAAUGACACUUUUAGAGGAACUCUGGACUCACUCACCCAGUCAGAGGGAGGACCUGUUUGAAGCAAAGAUGGAUGGAUGGAAAGACGAAAGGAUGGACGAGAGGAUGCCAGGAUGGAUGAGGAGUUAAGGGGACAUAAGCGGCAAGUCGUCUCUCCUGGAAGAAAAACACCACCGACCCAGCGCAGCAGCAGCAGCAGCAGCAGCAGCGCAGGAGGGAGAAACCCGAGGGUGAAAGAGCGGCCAUCUCUCCCGACUCUGCGAGGAGUGCGUUUGUGUAAAAGAAAAUCAACUGUCCCACAAAAUCCGGCUCUCCAGACGAAGCGUUUAGCCCACGAGUCCACGGCCCCCGGUGUCAGAGCGGAGACACGGCGAUUCGGUUUCCACUGAGAGCUGCGGUCCGCGCUCCUGUUGCGUCCGCCAUCACCCCAAAAAACAAAAAGAAUCAAAUUGACCAACGUUUCUCUCUCUCUCUCUCUGAAUGACCAUUGACUCUAUAAAGCCCCCUUUGUACCUUACUACUAACGAGAGAGAGAGGCCAUGCCAAAACACUUCUUGAUUAAGGGUUGCACUACAAGCAGAAUCAAUUAACACUAAUCUUUGUAACGAUGUGCACUAUUUACUAUUUACGAGGCAUGGGAGGUAAGACCAGACUUUGCCCGUCAAAAGAGUUUUAAAGAGGAAAAAUCAAGGCACGAGAAGCCUUCGCGUGUCCUCAAUAACCCCGUCCCCCCCCGUCCCCCAUCCUUCAGUUCGACAAAUCAUCGGCCUCCAAUCAUUCUCACAUCUCCCCUACACGACACACGACACACGACACACACACUGCCAUGACCACAGCACGUAUGUCCAAUGGAAAACGUACACACAGUCGCCCCAGUCUCACCUUUUAGGUCGGAGUAUUUAUAGGUGGUGGUGUUGUGUUAUCACCUUUUCGUUUUUUAUAUGCACAUAUAGUAAAGCCCAGUGAACUCUCUCUACCUAUUUGAUUAGAAAAAUCCAAAUCCGACACACACACACACACACACACGCUGAUAAUCCCAGCGUGUUUGUAUGUGUGUGUGUGUGUGUGUGUGCAUCAUUACUGACAGAUUUUUUUUUCUCAACCCUAGACAGCAGCUAAUGAUUCCCCCCACUUUUCUUUUUUUUUUUGCCCUCUUGUAAUGUAGAAUUUUGUUCCUCUUGUGUGUUCUCUUAUUUGAAUUGAUUCCUUUUUGGAUUUGUACUAUUUUAUAAGUGUUUUGUAUUUGAAUGACAGCACCUUACAGAGAAACACAGUGAGAAGUGAGGGGGGGAGGGGGGCGCUGACCCAGAUCAAACGGCAGUUGCGGAAAAAACUUUCGAGGUUUGAGAUUUUUUUUGGGGGGGGUGCGCUUCUUCACUUUAGUUCCUGAGGGGGUGAGGUGUUUGUCGUCUCAUGUGACUCGAAGUAGCGUUGUUGUUGUUGUUUUCUCCCCCAAAAAGUCAAACUCUCUUUCACUUUCAACACGGCCUGUUAGUUCUCAGUGCCAGACAAACCCAUUUGCCACAUGCCGCACUGCGGGGCCACACAGUCGCAGGGCUUUCGACAAUCACAGGAGGCCUGCUUCCUGGGAACUUACCUGCUGAACCGAUACAGGUCAACAGCAACAACAACAACAACAACAACAACAACAAAAAGGCUGCAAAUUGGCCGCAUCUGCUAUUUGACCCUGGCACAGCUGCCGACUGGUGGUGGUGGUACGUGAGCGAGGGGACGAAGAAGAAGGAGACGAAGAAAGAAACAGAAUCAAGGAGGGAAGGUUGCUGAAGACGGGACCCAGAGUAAAAAGAGAGAGUACGCGUGGCUCUUCUCUCUGUCUCCCUAGAGUUUACCCUGUUGUUUACACUCCCAGACGGGCCGCGGCUCCAAGAGCAGGGCGCGCCACACUGCGGAGCAAAAUGAAUAUGUGACAUAUCUGGCUGUUUUUCAGAGGGAGCAUCACACGAGUGUGCCCAAUUCUUUUUUCUUUCUUUUUUAAGGUGCACAGGGUCAGGUAAAGGAUACGGGUUGCUACGGUAACCCUACCCCCCACCCCCACCCCCAAACACACACACACACACACACACACACACACCAGCACUCCCCCCCCCCCCCCCCCCCCCCACCUUGCUGUUGUGGAUCGAUUAGCCCUUAAAGAUCAAAACUGCACUAAAACAAUCAUGCCAGCCAACAUUUGUGCGUUUCUCUUUUCUCUCGUGGGGACGACCGUAGAUUGACCACCGCGUAGUACUCCAAGUCGGCGGACGUGUCGCCGGCGUCGGACAAACGGAGCACCACUCCUUAAAACACGCAGACUCGCGAAAAACCACUCGCCAUUGACGCAAAAACACACCCCCCGGUGCCCGACUGAAUUCAGAGGGAAGUCUUGAAUAUUGACAAUCUGAGGAGGCCUUUAUGCUUUUAAUCGUGUUCUAUCAUCAGCCCGCGCACACAUUCAGACUGAUUGAAGUGAUCCCCCCCCCCCCCCCCCCCCGGCAAAAGUUGAAUCAAAAAUAAACCACCCAUCCAACCUCACAAAAUAACUGGACUGCCUGGCCAUGUUCUUCGCUGCAGGGAAACACAAUGUAGUUGGCCGACGAGCGGCGACCAUCUCAUCAUCCGCUUCGUAGAGAGAACUAGCUCCGCUGAGUGAGACGCUGACGAUGGCUAAGGUGAUUUCUUUUCUAAUCUAUGGAAGUGCCUCUGUAUUCCCAUUAUGCAAUUUGUCAAACAUGAAUUCAGGUUCUUUUUUCUCACAUAUAAGCUAUAGUGAAUGGUAAGAAGAAAAAAAAAAAAUGAUGUCGGGAGAGGGAGGAAAGAAAAAGAAAAAAAACGGCGACAGCUCACUAGAUAAUCGCAAGCAUCUUUAUAUAUAAUACACAUAUAUAUUUAUAGAUAUAUACAUUUUUUUUAUUUGCAAGAUAAGCUCUGUGGCAGUCUAGUUAUUUUUUGAAGCGUGGCGCGCACCGCACGGUCACAGGAUGCAUCUCAAACAACUGCUGAUCCGAGCUCCAGUACCAGUCUCUGCACCCACAAACCCGCGCCAAUUGACGUAAGCGGAAAAAAAGAGGAAAGCUCCACGGCAACCACAACCAUGGACACACAGACAUCGAUGAUAACGUAGCUGAGGUUUUUGAAAAAGAAAAAGAAAAAAAAUCAGAUUAGGUUUUGUUGUUUUCUUUUCUUGUUUUGAUGGGAAGUAUUGUUCUUGAAACUAAAUGAUGUAUGUUGAUUGAGCCAUGUGCAAUGCCUUGGUAGAGGAAUUGUGUUUGUUUGUUUGUUAGCGACUGUUCGAGGGUGUCACCAGAAAAGAGGGAAAACCCUCUACAAUUUCUUUUGGGGGCGGGGGGGUUGUUUUUUCAAAGUCCACAUGCUCCGGGACUCUAAAUACGAGAGCGGCGAGAAAAGAAUCCCAGUCUUUUGUAAGUAAGUUUGGGGAGACUGUUUUUAAUUUCUGUUUUUUGUUGUUGUUGUUUUUUUCUUAUAUCACUUUCUAAAAGAAAAACUCAUUUCUCAUGAUUUGCUUUUCAAAAUGUGGGAGGGCUGAAGGAACACCUUUUGCAACUCAUGACAUAUAUAUCGCUAUGAGAACUGGUGCUUUCGUAAAGAAUAAAGUACAUUCAAUCUCUAUUAUACAUAAAUAAUAAUAAACAAAUUAAGUGUUAUCAUAAAAGCAAAUUUUUAGGAAAACAUGCAUUAUUCUAUUUCUCUUUUUGUAUUUACCGAGGGGGGAGGGGUUCAAUGUAUGAAAAGGUUGUUGUGACAAAAGGCAUUUCCCCCCCCCCCCCCCCCCCCCCCCCCCACCCCGACCUUUACACCACAGCACAGGAAUAGUUGUAGGGAGAGAAAAAAAAACAAAAAAACCAAACCACCACCCCCCCAUCUUGUUUCCAGACUCUUCCAUCUCGUUUCCGAUCACAAGUGAACCUCACGUGGGAUAAAAGAAGAGAUCUUCCCCCUUCAAUCUGGGAGACGCUCAAGUUACGGAUUCUCGUUUCGAAAAAAGCUAAACGCAAUGGUGACGCCGGGGAGGUUGUUUCCCUCCGCUCCGGUGUCGGCGCGUGGUUGGUUCAGCGAGAGGGAAAUGCGCGGCCUCAGAGGGAUGCUGUCAUCAGCUGUUUUCUAAAACGCAGAACAUGAACCCCUCCCCUCUCCCCUCCUCCUCCGAAACCCCCCAAUUGCCCACUGUAAAUGAUUAUAAAUAGGUGUUUGGUGACGUAGUGUUGAUAGACUCAGAGCAUCUUAAAGGUUGUCCCCCUAAAAAAAAGUGCCUUUUGUUCACAGACUCCAUCUUGUAAUCCUGAGUGCCCAUCUCAAAAAAGAAAAAGACAAAGUCCCCUCCUUCGUCCUCCUAUAUCUUUCUCUUCCUCUUCUUCAAAGCUUCUUAAAGCGGUAUACAUAGUACUAAAGGAAAUUGGUGUGUGAUUUAGUUUCUCUUUUUAUUGUUGAAUAAUUAAGAAAAGCUGAGAAAAAAAAAAAGAAAAAAAAAAGGAUAACUUUUCUGUCUUGCUUCUCUUCCUCUGUAUUUUGUCUUCUGUCUCUCUCGGACACUGGAGUAGUCUGUAGCUGCGUAAAAACUUCUCCUUCCUCCCCUCCCUUCCCUUUCCUCCUUUUCUUACCUUUCCCUCUGAACGGCGGGGGAGGGGGGGGUUUCAAAAAAAAGACAAAAAAAAAAAAAAAGACAAAAAAAAAAAAAAGAAAUACGCAAAGAUCUUUCGUUUUGUUUCGUUGUCUGAGCGGAAUGCAGUUAGCUCACAUGUUAUCCUCGUCUGUACGCUUCACAUUGUAUUGCCAUACCCAUCUUCUUCAGCUUCUCCAUUCAACAGCUAAUGUAAGUGAACAAGUUACACCACGGGGCUCCGGGGCUGUGCUGAGGACCGGCGCGGGGGCCGAUCGGGCCAGUUGGGGUGUUUUUUCCCGCCUGGGCGAGGUCAAAAGUUCAAGUGCACCCGGGCGGAGGGACGGGAGGCACUCACAGGGCCCUGGGGCGGGGGAGGCGACCCGUAGGAGCGCUAGGACAGGCGUGGGGUUGGUUUUUUUUGUUUGUAAUCACUUUGUUUCUACCUAUUUAUUUUUUUUUAUAAUUGAAUUUGGAUUUGCUUUUUUUGAUGACUUUCAUUUUGAGUUGUUUUUUGUUGUUCACCAUAGGCAGCUGUGAGAUGCUGCGAGCAGACCUUCAAUUAUGCACCUUUUUCUAGUGGUUGAAUGAGACCAGCUAUUUAAAAAAGAAAAAACCCCACUCGUAAAGCACCUUAGCAGCGGACCGGUUCCACGGCGCGGAGACUGCGAGGCUCAGAUUUCAGCACAAUCGUUAGGAAAAAUUGUGACACAAUGUCGCACCGGUUCACCACCGUUGACCAAAGUGAUCGGGGUUCCAGAAGCUGCCAGACUAGGAGACUUUGGUGAGAGAGCGCCUUUUUCGAUUCUACCAGCAAGACCGAGUGAUCACAGAUUAGCUUAGCAACAACAUAACACAUUUAUAUGCAAGUUUUGUUUCGUUUUUUUCCUUCAUGACGCAAAUGAAGCCAGCAGCAGUAUUAUCAAUCAGGCCUUGACAAGUGAAAGCGCCACAGUUGAGAAGAAGCCAUAUCAGAGAGGAACAGGCUGCACAGAGCAGAGCUAGUGUGAUUGUGUGGUUAGUUGAGGGGGGGGGGGGGGGGGGGUCUCUGCCUCUGCACUGUUCAAAGAGCCCGGUCCAACCGCGUGGCCGCACCGUCCGCCUUUUUAUUCCUUCUCUCGUCUCCUUUUUCAUUUGUUUUUAACGCGUCUUCGUAGGAACGCUGGGCCGUGUUUACCCCUGUGUAGACCGACGCCCCCCCCCCAGCCCACCCCCAGGCCGGCCGAUCAACCUCGUCUCAGGGCCCUGUAACUACCACGAGUGCCCAUCUCCCUCCUCCUGCGCCCCCCACCCCCUCAGAGCAUCCCAUCCUCAGACACACCUCCCAGAGCCCAUGGUGAAAUGCAUGUGUUAAUUACAGUUUCUUUUCCAUAAUAAUAAUAAAACACAGUUUGAAAAGAGCAACACCUUUACUUGAUUGAAUAAAAGGAUGUUCUUGACUGUA